AUGCUUCCUGUGUUUGCAUUGGUUUCAUGGCACAGGCUGGUCAAGCUCCAAUGUCGAUUGGUUGGCCACGAGACGGAUGAAACGCUUCAGCGCGACCUCAGCUGGGCCAAGGGCCAGGCUUUGAGGCACGUUGCCAAAGAUGUGGUGGAUGCGGUCUGCAAGUUAGCGGAGCUCUGUAUGCAAAAGGCAUCGUUGGAGCGCUACGCAGAGCGCAAGCAACCUCUCGUUUUUCUGCCCAGGCCUCAGUGA